CAUUCUUCGAACUUUACACGUUGAUCUGCGGUUGCAUCUGCUUCACGGAGUCUACACUGCUAUGGACACAACAUAUGCCCUGGGUCAGCCAUACAACGAUCCAGACCCAGCAAUCCUCAACUUGGCAGCAUCUCUCGGUACCUACGACACCGCUAUCUCCACCAAUCUGCUUCAUCCACAAUACACCUUCUUAACAACUAAACUCGACGUCCUCGCAAACAACGCCCUAGUAUCUCUCGUCGGCUGCAUCCAAGCUCUCGACCACCACGGCCUAGAACGCAUGGGCCUCAACAUCCUCGUCCUCCAACAAUCGCUCAAAACCAGCAUGCAACAAGACGCAAGUCUAGAAUUCGCCGCGAGAUUCUACACACUCGGUGACGCCAGCACGAUUGCGAAAUCUGGGCCCGAGUACGGUUAUGCUAAGGAGGAUCUGAAGUGUCUGACUCGACUUACGUGGGAUCAAGAUCGGGAUAGUAAGGGAGGCACCCUGGAUGAGGUUAUCGCUAGCAUUGGAUGAGUAGUCCAUGUUGAGGGAUAUCGAUCGCAGGAUUGUUUUGUAGGAAGGUCUUUGGCUGAGAGGUGUGGUGUUGGGACGACUGUGUAGCGUUACUGUAAUGGCUGUUGCAUGUAGGAGAUAGUGGCAUACAGAAAUACCGCAAUGGGUUUCCAGUGC